AUGGAAUUUAUUGCAUUUCGACAAUACUCCCACCUCCACACCCCCAUGUACUUCUUCCUGGCCAACCUGUCCUUUGUAGACAUCUGUUUCACCUCCACCACUGUCCCCAAGAUGCUGUGGAACAUCCAGACUCAGAGCAAAGUCAUAACCUUUGCAGGCUGCAUCACACAGAUGUAUUUUUUCAUACUGUUUACAGGAUUAGACAUGUUCCUCCUGGCUGUGAUGGCCUAUGACCGCUUUGUGGCCAUCUGUCACCCCCUGCACUACAUGGUCAUCAUGAACUUCUGGCUUUGUGGACUGAUGGUUCUGGUGUCCUGGAUCUUGAAUGUCUUGCAUUCCUUGUUACACACCUCCAUGGUGUUGCGGCUGUCCUUCUGUACAGAGGUGGAAAUCCCCCACCUUUUCUGUGAACUCAUUCAGAUGAUAAAACUUUCCUGUUAUGACACGUUUCUCAAUAAUACAAUGAUGUAUUUUACAGCUAUGUUGGUGGCUGUUGGUCCCUUCACUGGGAUCCUUUACUCUUACUCUAAGAUAGUUUCCUCCAUCCUUGGGAUCUCAUCAGCUCAGGGCAAGUAUAAAGCAUUUUCCACGUGUACAUCUCAUCUCUCGGUUGUCUCCUUAUUUUAUUGUACGAGCCUAGGAGUGUACUUUAGUACCUCUGCUCUCCAGAGCUCCCAAUCAAAUGCAGUAGCCUCGGUGAUGUACACAGUGGUCACACCCAUGCUGAACCCCUUCAUCUACAGCCUGAGGAACAAAGACACAAAGGAGGCUCUGAUGAGAUUUUCUUGGAUGGCAGCUCUAAGAGAGACAAUCCUCCUGAAGCUGAAGAAGUGCCCUUGA